AAAUAAAGAAAGCUUAGCUGGCUCCCACUCACAUUUCAUCUCCCUCAAAUCCCUAAAUCACUUCCAUAAACCUAAGUCUGCAGAUUUCCCUCAAAGGCUAUGAACGAUAGCAUGUAUACUAAAAUCAGAGCUAUAUUUUUCUACUCUUUCACUCUUUCAUCUCUGUCACAGUAGGUUUGCAAUCCGUUUGUGCAGGUUUGGGGAGAAAAUCAAACUAGGAAUGAGCGACUAUCUUACCCAAAUCAAAUACAGUAAAUGGAGUCAGAUCCACUAUGGAUGCUACCAAAUAUGGCUUUCUUUCACCAGGUUACCAUCCUUAAUGGAAUCGUCAUGGGAGGCGGGGCUGGUGUUUCUGUACGUGGUAGAUUUCGAGUUGCAACAGAAAAGUCAGGUUUUUUCCAUGCCCGAAAUAGCUUUGGGAUUCUUUCCUGAUAUAGGUGCCUCUUACUGUUUAUCAAGACUUCCAGGAUUUUUUGGGGAAUAUGCUGGUCAUACUGGUUCUAGGUUGGAUUGUGCUGAAAUGCUUGCUUGUGGUCUAGCAACCCACUUUGUAUCAUCGGCGGGUAGAUGACCACACUUAAUGAAUUUUGGUUUUGGAGAUUGACGUUUGCAAGUAAAAAAGCUUAUUUGGAGGAAAUAUAAGUUGACUCUCAUUUUGCUGGGAAUUUGGACUUUGUAUAAUGUCUAGGGAUGUUAGCUAGGUUUUUUUUUUGCAGGAAUUGUGUAACAAUAUUGUGAUUGCUUAGUUACAUUAUACAUGUAAAUGGCGCCAUUAAUUGGAAUGUUAAUCAAUUUUUGUAAAACAAAAUUUAUCUCUGUAUUAUCUUGUUGUUAUCA